CAAGACCUUCAGCAGGUAGAGACAGAGUAGUUACUUACCAUACUGUUGACUGGGCACCAAAUAACAUAAACGCUAGUUAGGUCUACUACUGGACAAUUUAGUCUGAAUCCCCAUCUCUUUGCAAACUUGUGGACUGACUUGUUCAUAAUUUCUCAACUUGAAUUUCUGAAGCUUGUGGAACAAUAAUGUUUAUAGAAGAGCGGAUUAUAACACUUUUUAAAAGGAACUUUCACCACACCUGUACAUACUGGAGUGUGUUCUUCAGUUUUGGGCUGUGUAUAGCCUUCCUGGGACCUACCAUAUUGGACUUGCGAUGUCAAACCCAGUCUACACUGAGCCAGAUCACCUGGGUGUUCUUCUCCCAGCAGUUCUGCCUGCUCAUCGGCAGCUCUAUCGGAGGGCUCUUCAAGAAAACGUGACUGACUAUUCAAACAGAUCUCUGAUCCCUGUGUGAAGCAUAGGGUUGCAAAAUUCCGGGAACUUUCAAAAAAUAUGAUUUAGUUUUCCUGAAAUCCCGGUUGGAGGAUUCCCGGAAUCUAUAAUGUACAACCCUACACUCUUAGAAAAAAAGGUGCUAUCUAGAACCAAAAAGGGUUCUUCGGCUGUCCCCAUAGGAGAAACCUUUGAAGAAUCCCUUUUGGUUCCAUGUAGAACCGUUUUGGGUUCCAUGUAGAACCCUUUCCACAGAGGGUUCUACAUGGAACCCAAAAUAGUUCUACCUGGAACCAAAAAGGGCUCUCUUAUGGGGACAGCCGCAGAACCCUUUAGGAACCCUUUUUUCUAAGAGUGUAGUGAAGCAUUUUAUGGAGAUCCAGCCCGAAGAAUAUAUCUUACAUGUUUGCAAUUCUCAGACUAUAUAUACAAGAUAGUUUGAUUUUCUGAGAGCACAUUUCUGCUCACACAGUAUUCAUCUUGACAUGGAUUUUGGCAGAACUGUGUUACUUGAAUUUCUCACUUUAAACCAAUGAAUUACAAAAAGAUAGCUUGAAUUUAAAGGGCUCUACACAGUCAACGCAACGGAUCUGCAGUUUGUUUGCGUAGCUCUCUACGUAGUUCUAGGUGCUGAUUGUUUUUAACACAACGCAAACAGAGCUCCUUAGUCUGUGAAAUUACUGUGUAGAGCCCUUGUGUGAGGUGUGAGGCUCUGUGUAUGCAUCAGUUGGCAAUGAUCUCUGUAGCCUAUUCUAUCAAAAGUGAGCCCCUAGCCAGCACCCCUUUGCAUAUUUCAAUCAUAGUGUUGGCUAACAUCUUGUUCAAUGUUUGAGCCAUUCAAACCUCUAGUAUGUGUGUAUGUUAUCUCUAGUAAGUAAUAACUCUUCCCCUCUCUCCCAAAGGUUGUUCAGUGCUCUAGCUGCACUGUUCCUGUCCUCGCUACUCAUCUCUGUAAUAUUUGCCAUCAUCCCCCUCUGCCAUAAUGUGCUGCUGCUGGCUAUCGCCAUGGCUAUGUCCGGUCUGGCCAUGGGCAUCAUCGACACCAUCGCCAACAUCCAGCUGGUUGCCAUAUAUCAGAAGGACUCGGCUGUCUUUCUCCAGGUGAGAGAGAAACUAUGCCCAGUUCAGUUCAGCAUUCAGAAUAUACCCAAAGUGCAUUAUAUUUAGAAUGAAAGAAUGAUAGAAAACUUUUUUCCGUACAUCACAGUUUGUUGUUUUUGCAGGCCCUCCACUUCUUCAUUGGGUUCGGGGCACUGGUGAGCCCUCUGAUUGCUGAUCCCUUCCUGUCUGAGACAGGCUGCAGGGUGGGGAACAUAACAGAAAAUGUGACCCAGAUCAUGCACCACUUUAGGAACACGCUGAGGAACAGCCCCAUUGUGAUGCACAACGUGUCCGUGGACCACCUGCCCUUAGCGGAGGAGCCAGAGGAGUCCAUUGUGUCCUACGCCUUCUGGAUCAUGGCAAUGAUCAAUGUAAGAUCUUGGAAAAGCAUAGUGAGGUGAAAUACAGUGUGUAAGCUCUAGCAUAACGCCCUAAUAUUAAUUCCGCUCACUCCAAACGUAAUAAUGUUGAUUGAUUAUUGCAAAGGCUUUGAUUAAAUUAUAUAUCAUUUGAAUUAUAUUUUCCUCUCCCAGCUGCCAGUGCCAAUGGCAGUGUUAUUCCUGAUGUACCAGGAGCAGUUGAUCCCCUGCUGCCUCAGCACCACCCCUCGUUUGCUGGACAAAGACGAGCUGGCCAUGGAGAACCAGGGGGCCGAGGGGCCUGACACAGAACCUAAAGACCAGGAGGAGGGAGGAGGUAAAGUACAAAACAUAAUGUUUCAGAUCUGAUCUGAACUCCUCAUUUCCUCUAUAAGAUGACAGUAUAACCAAGAUAAUUGGAGAAUGAUAAUACUUGGAUCUCAUGUAUGGGAAUCUAUCACAUCAAAGUCUCAGAGUUAGGAUCAGUUGAAGAUUCACACCUACUGUACUAGCCAAGUGGUUUAUGACCCUCCUAAUGUUUCUCUUGGGGGUUUGCAGGUCAUGGGGAUAUAUUCAGCUGCUGUCAGAAUAACAACCUGCGCGAGUUGCCUGUGUCCUUCUUUGGGAUUCAUAUCGUUGGCGGAAUGGUCCUGUUCAUGACCGAUGGCAUUGUGGUGAGUGGCACAGAUUCUGUUAUAACUAUGCAGUCUGCUCCAUUUUAGUGUAUGUAUGCAGCAAUGGAUUAAUCUGUGGACCUCCACUUUCUAUUCCUAGGGUGCGUAUGCAGGCUUUGUGUACACAUAUGCAGUGUCUCCCCCCAUUUCUCUACCUAAUAAGACCGCGGGAUACCUGGUUAGUAUCUUCUGGGCAGCCAUUACUGCAGGACGUCUGGUGUCCAUCCCUCUCACCUUCCGCUUCCAGCCCGUUCGACUGCUCAUCAUUAAUCUGGUAAUGCCAAUUAUAGAAUAUUGUAUUAAUCCCUAAGGGAAAUUAAUUAAUGUUAAUGAAGGUGUGUAAUAAAAGCUUAAUUGUCUUUCAAUUCCAAUAUGUUUAUAUUUAAAUGGACAGUUGUCUCAAUAAUUGAUUGUCUAUAUAUCCAACUGAAGUCUUUCUUAAUCUCUGCAGGCUGGUGUCAUUGUCACAGUGUUGUUGCUGCUCGUCCUCUACACCAGCAGUAUAUUCCUGUUUGUUGGGACCACUCUACUGGGCCUGUUCCUCAGCAGCAUCUUCCCCUGUAUGCUGGCUUACACUGAGGACAUCCUGGACUACCAAGGUACAUUCAUCAAUCGCCAGCACAAUAAGUGUCAAUGACUCAGUAAUAACACAGUAAUGACUCAGUAAUAGAGUGGUAUGAUAAAUUAUGAUGCGGUACUAUAUCGUCUCUCUGAGUGUCUUACUCAGCUUCUCUUUUCUCUCUUGGCAGGAUGUGCAACGUCAGUUCUGGUAACAAGUGCUGGGAUGGGAGAAAUGGUCAUGCAAGUCCUUGUUGGAUCGGUAAGACUGCACAGAGACAUAGUAUAUGUGAAAGAGAGAGGAAGAUAGAGCAAGAGGUAGAUAAACAGUCUAAUAUUGUGCCUUGCGUCCUCCAGAUCAUCCAGAGUGAAGGCAGCUAUAGUUUCCUGCUCUGUGGCAUGAUCAUUGGCUGUAUCGGCUCCAUCCUCUUCUUCGGGCUGCUGUUCUUCCAUCGCAUGCACAGGAACUACCUCACUGGUACUAGGACCACCUCAGCCAUAUCACAGUUGAACAUACAUAGAGGAAAAAGUACAUAAUUUAUCUGUAACCCAUCUAUUAACAGGCUAACCUUUCUCCCCCCACAGGAACCUCAAUGAAGUCAGCCAUGGUGGAGGAGCUCCCACCAGCACUACCAGCAGCAGCAGCAGUAGUAGACAGUAAAACAGAACAGAAGGAGAGCAGCUGAGAGGAUAUGUAGCUGGGGCCAUUUGGUGCCCAGUAUUGUUAUUGACCAACAAUGUGACGAGGAAGAAAACACGCUGUUAGUGAAGAUAAAUACAUACAGUACCAGGACCUGUGUAAUGUUUUAGCCAUCCUGCAAUAGCCAGAGGAGUGAAUAAGUCAUGUUUAAGUUAUUAAUAUAUUCCAAAUGAUUUAGUCCCUCCUUUUUUCCUUCCUGAAAAGGCUGCUACUGCUUCUUAUUCCAAUCAUCAUCAUCCUUUUAGAUAUGCUAAUGCUACCUUCUGUUUAAAGCCCCUAUAGAUAAUGACUGUGUAAUAAGAGUGUGAGCAAGGGGUAGUUAUGUUACAGUAUAUGAUAAUAAUGUGCUUUAUUUUCAAGACAUUUGGAUUGGUAUGCAUUGUCACAAUAUUAAAAUGUUUUCAAAAAUGUGAACAUGAGUUGAAUGACUACUUUUUUAUUUCAACAUAAGACUGAACAAAUGUUGCUUUCAUUAAUAGUUGAUCACAAGAAGGGGAUGAAUUCAAAACCUUUUAGAACAAUUUAUUGAAUUAAGUAGUUUUUUUUAUUGCUAUCUGAAAUAUAAUGUAGGAUAUAUACUCAAAAGGGGAGGCCUCCAGUUCUAAAAUGGAGGGAGACCUUCCACCCUUGAAAUGUAGCCUGUCAUUCUGAAACAGGGACGUUAGGGCCAGUUGCAGCAAGAGCAUGCGGUGUCGAAGACCAGGCCAGUAGCACAGUACUGGAAGUAGGUCAUGCCCUGACUGCAGUUGUAGAACUGGUUCUUGUUCUUGGGGUCAGCGUACAUCCCGGCGGCCUUGCCAACACAGAAGUCACUGUCCAUGCCACUGGUCCCACCGGGGUUCCCACCGCUGGAGCUGCCUCCACUGGAACUGCCUCCGCUGGAGCUGCCUCCACUGGAACUGCCUCCGCUGGAGCUGCUUCCAGAGUCACCACCAUCAUCACCUCCAUUGGUA